CAGCAUAUCAGCCAUCACUUUGUUCACAAUCACACGUGGCAUCACACGCGCUGCUAAUCUUCCCUCCUUGCCUUGCCUUGUUUAUUUUAUACUCUCUCUAUCUCUCUGCUUCAGCAAUCCAUCUUCUUCAUUUUGCCCAACAAUUAAAAUUAAAAGCGCUAAUACAAAUAUUUGUGAACAAGGCGGUGUUGUGUCAAGUCUUGAGAGGAAUAAAAUGGUUGGUGAAGCAACAAACUUAUGGAGUGAGGAGCUGAACCUGUGCUUUGAGAAGUUGAUGAUGAUUGGUGGCAAAAAUAGUGGGGUUGUGAAGAUGGACGGUUCGGCCAUCACUGAGUGGAAAGAUAUCCCCAUGGAGCUCUUGUUGAGGAUCGUGUCACUUGUUGAUGAUCAGACGGUCGUCAGGGCUUCUGGGGUUUGUUGCGGGUGGAGAGAUGCCAUUUGUUCGGGCCUUACCCAUCUAUCCCUCUCUAGGUGCAAGAAAAACAUGAACAAUUUGGUUCUGUCUCUUGCCCCAAAAUUCACAAAACUGCAAACUCUGGUGUUGCGCCAAGAUAAGCCACAACUUGAGGAUAAUGCAGUUGAAGCUAUUGCAAAUUCUUGUCAUGAUUUGCAGGACCUGGACCUUAGCAAAAGCUUCAAUCUGAGUGAUCACUCCUUGGGUGCCUUGGGUCAUGGUUGUCCUAAUCUUAUUAAACUCAAUAUCAGUGGGUGUACAGCUUUCAGUGACCAUGCUCUUGCAUAUCUCACAGAGCAUUGUCAGAAACUAAAAAUUUUAAAUCUCUGUGGGUGUGUAAAAGCUGCAACUGAUCAUGCAUUGCAGGCUAUUGGGCGUAACUGUAGUCAGUUGCAGUCUUUAAAUCUUGGAUGGUGUGAGAAUGUUGGGGAUUUAGGAGUUAUGAGUUUAGCAUAUGGAUGCCCAGAUCUCAGAUCCCUUGACUUGUGCGGCUGUGUUGACAUAACAGAUGACAGUGUGAUUGCAUUGGCAAAUAGGUGUCUCCAUCUGAGAUCCCUUGAUUUGUACUAUUGUCGCAACAUCACAGACAGAGCAAUGUAUUCGCUGGCCCAAAGCCGAGUGAAGAACAAACCUGCCAUGUGGGAAUCCAUGAACAAAAGUAGGUAUGAUGAGGAAGGGCUUAAAAGUCUCAACAUUAGCCAGUGCACUGCACUGACUCCUUCAGCUGUUCAGGCAUUAUGCGAUACAUUUCCUGCUCUCCAUACCUGCUCCGGGAGGCAUUCCCUUGUCAUAAGUGGGUGUUUGAAUUUAACUUCUGUGCAUUGUGCCUGUGCUGUUCAGGCACAUCGUGCAACAAACUCUAUUCCUCACUCAGCUCAUUGAAUCGCAGCACACGGUAGGCCCAGGAAUGUCAAGUCACCUUGAUUGAGGCCUAAGAGGGAGAAUAAUGCGCCCUGUAUUGUGCAUAUGGUUGUGUGGAAAAUUAGGACUUUGGCUUUUUCUUUUAUCUUGUUUUGUUCAAAGCUAUGUGUUGGACGGCUAUGGCUUAAAUGUUGAGGAAAUAUGAGCCUUGUGUUAGUGCAGGCUACAUAAAUAUUCCGAAA